GUUGUUUUUAUAAUUAUGAGUGUUUCAUUAUUAAUUUAUAAGUACACUUUUGAUCAUUUCAAUAGACAGAAAUAAAAAAGACUUGAAUUUUUUUUAUUAAGUGAAGUGUUGUAUCUUGUUUUAAAGGUAUAACGAGACAGUUAAAAGAUUUGUUACAAUAACAAAGAUGACUGAUCUUACUGAAAUUUCAAAUAAUAAAUGUUUUGGAGGAUGGCAGAAAGUGUUUUCUCAUGAAAGGUUAAUUUCAGUUUGGAAUUAAAAUGCAAAAUGAAUUUUGGAGUAUAUUUACCGCCUCAAGCAGAAAUAGAAAAAGUGCCAGUUAUUUACUGGUUGUCAGGAUUGACUUGUACUGAAAUGAACUUCAUUCAAAAAGCUGGUGCUCAAAAACAUGCUGCAAAACAUGGAGUUAUUCUAGUUAUUCCUGAUACAAGUCCUCGAGGUGAUGACAUUCCUGAUGAUCCUGCAUAUGACUUUGGAAAAGGAGCAGGUUUUUUCGUUGAUGCUAUUCAAGAACCAUGGAAAAAAAAUUUCCGAAUGUAUAGUUACAUUACCAAAGAAUUACCAGAAAUAAUAAAUAAGAAUUUUCCAAUUUUGGAUGACAAACAAUCUAUAAUGGGACACAGUAUGGGAGGACAUGGAGCGCUUAUUUGUGCAUUAAAAAAUCCUGGAAUGUAUAAAACUGUCUCUGCGUUUGCACCAAUUAGUAAUCCGAUUGAAUGUGAUUGGGGGAAAAAGGCAUUUUCUGGUUAUUUAGGAGAUAGUGACGAAGAUAAAAAGCUAUGGAAUGAAUAUGAUGCAACUUGUCUAACUCAAAAAUACUCGGGACCACCUUUACAUAUUUUAAUUGACCAAGGAAAAGAGGACAACUUUUUACAUCAACUAAUGCCGAAUAAUUUACUAAAUGCUUCUAAAAACUCUGGUUUAACAUUAAUAAUGAGAUACCAAGAAGGAUACGAUCACAGUUAUUUCUUUGUAUCAACAUUUAUCAAAGAUCACAUUGAGCAUCAUAUGAAGUAUCUAAAAAUUUGAAUUAAAAGUUUUCUUCUAACAA